AUGGAAUUAGAAAUGUCACCUAUGCCAGAAGGCCAGUUUAAAAUACUGUAUUUUGGAAGUGCCAGUUCCUACACCUCGAAACACUUCGAGUCUAUACCCGCACCCUUACGCAUAUCCAGGUUAUAUGAUCUUCUGGAGCUAAAAUACAGAGGUAUUACAGAAAAUGUUCUGAAUUCUUGCUUGGUCACAAUUAAUCAAGAUUAUGUUGAUAUACCAAAUGAGAGUAAGGCGAAUCCGAAUCGAACAAUUGAAUCGGGAGAUGAGGUUGGCAUCAUUCCACCAGUUAGCGCCGGCUAA